AUGCUCAAUCUGGUACGAGCCUCCACAUUGAAAAAUGCGGUAUAUAACUUCUGGAACAGUACAGUGUACAUUCAUCUUGCUGAGUCAGAAACAUCGGACGAUGUAAUAGUUGAACUUCCAUUUAAUUCCAAAUAUCAGAGCGGUGCAGAAGUGACAGAUUAUUUUAGUCCGCCAACAUCCUCAUGUGAUCUUGUUUCUGCAAAUAGCAGUUUACUUUCCAUUUGUCCAGGAUCCACGUCAGAAGAUGGGAUCAAUAAGAUUAUUGUCCUCUAUAGAUACAAUUCCACCGAAAAAAUGUGGCACACAAUUACAACCGACAAAACAGUACCACUCUUUACAGGGUCUUCCUACAUGAGCACUUUUGAUGACCCAUAUUCUCUUUAUAUUUUUGGUGGUUACGAUAAUUACACGCAAGAAGUGUCAAAUCGAACUCUUAAAAUUGAUCUAACACACCUUACCGUAUCUAAUUUUAGUACAACGAUUCAACCAUCUUCAUUUUACGGGGCAUCCUCUGUUCAAAUAAACUACAAUACAGAGCUUAUUAUAGGCGGAAAGGUCCAAGAUGGAUGGAUUAGUCUUACACAGAUGGCAAUGUGGCAAUACGAGGCUUGGGCAUUUAAAUCUGUGAGCAAAGCACAAACAAAAUCUAUUAAUCCAAGAUUGUAUCCACUUACGUUGCCACUUUUUGGUAGGAAUAGCUUUGCUGAUGUAUUUGAAACUAACAAUUUUACUGGAUUCGAUGUCAAUUCUAUAUUGGUAGUUGGCGGUCAACUUCUAAAUGGAUAUAGUAAUCCAGAGUUUGCCAUGUUGAAUACUUCCGGAAGUACAUGGUCAUGGGAAUCAUUGGACGAUUCAAUUAGUAUCGCCAACAGCAAAAUGAAUUCUGACUACGAUGACAAUUUAUCACUGGACAACAUCAUGGGGGCAGCCGUAAUUUAUGACACGUUAAUUGUGAUUUCAAAUAGUUCAGGCACUGAAGUAAAAACGUCAAAUUCCAAACACAAACGAUCUGAUUCAUACUUUUUGAAGCUUUAUAAUACAACCACUUUUGAAGUCAUGAAUGAGGUAGACUUCACUGAUCUCAAUCAGUCAACAACGCACACAAUUGAGAAAGUGUCAAAUAAGAAUACGAUUAUCGCACUUUCCACCGUGAUCCCAAUAUUAAGUAUUAUAAUUGCUAUUGUUGGCGGAAUUCUUCUUCACAAAAAAUACAAGAAAAGAAAGGAAGAGGAGGAAAACGAGCGGGAAAUUCGAGAGAUAAUGGAGUUCUACAAAGCUCCCGGACAAGACAGUUCGUACUCUUCUUUUGGAUCUGGAUCUACAACUGAUGUGAGUGAGAAGCCUGUAAGCUCUCAUUUCAGUAGUUGUGAUGGAAGAGAAAUUCAGGUGAAUAAUUUUGAUGACGGUGAUAACCUUUCAAUCAGCUCUUGGAAGCGAAAAAGAGAAAUGUACGAACGACAGAAGAAAAAUAGAUUACUGCCGUUGUCUGAUCGGAAAUCAGGAAUUAAAGCAAGCUCUACGGAUGAUGAGUUCCUAAAAAGUGAGGAAGGAUCAUUGGUGAGAAGAUUAUCCUCGCUGUCUACACGUCUUGGAAGAUCAUUAAGGAGAACGUUUUCUUACCAAUCCUCGAUAGGAUCUUAUGCAACAAACCAAAAUGGAGACAGCAGUCAGACAGGAAGUAACAAUAUGAUCCAAGAAAGCAACACUGUCAGGCGUCCAACAUCAACAUACUCUGGAAGAUACGGACUUAGAAAAAGUAACUCUGCAUUAUAUCAGAUUCCUGAGGAUUCGUCAAUUUCGGGACAUCAAAAAUUCUUUGUGGAACCCAGGGAUUCACUUUAUUUCCAUCCUUCGGAGGUAUCGAGUGAAGGAAAGCUUUCACCCCAACGAUCAUUGCUAUCCAAUUCGAAUAAAAGUUCAUCUUCUCCAAGCAGUUCUCCUUCUGUGCGUACAGAGUCCACACCAAAUGAGAGUGCUUUAUCGUCAUUAAAGAUGAAUGCAGCUACGAUUAUUCCACCACCAAAUCGCUCGUACGUUCCUCCAUUUGGGGAGGAUGAAGAGCCAGAUGAAAAUCUUGACGUACAAAUAUUGGUCAGUUCUAAACGGAGAUCCAAAUUGCACAUCACUAAUCCAGACCUCGAGCGGGAGAGAUCAAUGAGAUCUGCUGUCAACAGUGUCGGAAAUUCACCAGUUGACACAGAAGUUAAGAUGGCCAGUGAUAGAUCUGUCUCCGAUUCAAGUAAUACCAGACGAAGGUGUGUCAGCCAAGAGAGUAAAAAAGAAGAGCAUAAUUAA